AUGAAGGAAGCAAUGCCUCAAGUAUUUCCAGAAACCAGGCACCGAUUCUGCAUGUGGCAUAUAAUGACCAAAGUGGGGGAGAAGGUUGGUGGGAAAUUAGCAAAAGACGAAAAGUUCAGAAAGGAAUUAAAUGCAAUUGUCUGGGACAAAACCUUGGGACGUGAGGAGUACGAAAUACAGUGGAACACAUUAAUGACAGAGUACAGCCUUAAAGACCACAAGUGGUUUAAACAAAUGUACGAGAUCAGAUCAAGUUGGAUAGAGGCGUACUACAACGACGUGUUCAUGGGAGGGCUAAUGCGAACUACAUCCAGAUCAGAGUCAGAAAAUGGACUAUUUGGGGACUGCAUCAACACACAUGGAACAUUGUUAGAAUUCUUCACCCAGUUCGAAAGCGCAAUCGAGAUGCAACGGCACAACCAAGCAAGAUUAGUCGCAAAGUGCAAAUCAUCUUACCCACCCAUGAAGACACCGCUACAAAUUGAGAAACAUGCAUCUUCCCUAUACACCAAUACAAUUUUCUAUGACAUCCAAACAGUGAUAUUAGACGGAAGUUUCUCAUGCAAAAUAUCAAGCAAGGAACAAGCAAGUGAUCAUGUACUAUAUACAAUCCAAGAGGGCAAAAAGAAGAGCUUCACAGUACAAUAUUAUAAAGAGAAUGAGACAGUGAGAUGUUCCUGUGGGAAAUUCACUAGGGUGGGAAUAUUAUGCAAACAUGCGUUUGCAGUAUUGAAGGAUGAUGAUGCAGAAGUGAUACCAGCAAAAUAUAUAAUACCAAGGUGGACACGAAAUGCAUGUGCACACAACCGGGCCAACGGCAACAUUCACCAAGGAGGACCAGACAAUACAGAAAUAGAAGAGAAUAGACUAACAGCUAAACUAUGGAGUGAGUUUUACUCUUGCAUAGCAUUAUCACAGGCAAACACAUCUGAAAUGCAGGAGAUGUUGGACUGGAUACUAGAGCACAAAAGUAAAUUAUUGAAGACCAAAGAGAAGAGACAUGAUACAAAUAACAAAAACGAAUUACUGGAGACAUUUUAUGGCACACAGGCAACAACAGUUGUACAAGUGAAACCUCCACAAGUAUCAAAGAACAAAGGGAGUGGAAAGCGAUUAAAGACCACACGGGAGAAAGCACAAGCAAAGAAAAGAAAAGAUGGACGCACAUGCCAUUACUGUGACGAAGAAGCGCGCCAUGACAGCCGAAACUGCCCGCUAAAGCCACCAACGAAAAAAAAAAAAACAAACACAAAAAAGAACGGAGGUCCAACGAUUUGA